ACCGUGCGUGCGUCAAGCCCCCGUCUCUUUCCACUCCUCUCUUUCUUCCCUGGGUUGGUGUUAGAAAGCGCCUCGGUCAUAAUAGGCUUGUUGGAGGUGGACGGAUAUUAAAAAAGACCUAUAUUGGUCCAAUCCAAGCUGUCAAGGGCAGGAACCUGAGCAGGUGGCUCCUCCAGACGCAGGCACCGUCGACAGCUUGUCGCGCUCCUUAAUCUCCCCUCUGACGACAGCGCAUUACCCGGUGCGCGUAAAACCGGGAGAGCGGGAGGUUUGGGUUGGAGAUUCUCAUCAGUCAUCAGGAUUUAACUCAUCGCUGUUCAUUCAGCCGGUCUCCAAGACACAUUUCUGGAAAGUUUGCCUUUUCUUUGCGGAUCAGCUGAUAUGGAGAUAAGGAAUCGUUGUUGGAUUUUAUAAUUUUCUCUUGUGAUUAUUUGCAAUCAAGAGUGACUGAAAACGCAAGAUGUUGCCCGAAAUAAAUAACAAGGCGUCAAGGCCAGAGGCGUUCCCUCACCCCCACAGGCUCCCAGCAGAAGGUAGCCGUAUUGGAACAAAUCGACCAUGUUCACAGAAAUUCAGCUCUGGUUUGGGGUCCCUGCCUCAGCUCGAAACACCAGUGGUCCAGGUGGUGGUCAGCAAUGCCAAAAACCAGCAGCAACAAUCAGACAAUAUCCUGCCCCAAAUCACCAACAAAGGGGGUCAGAACAACUAUCAAACGCAGGUGGAGAGGUCAAAGCCGACCCAACAGCCCACAAUGCGUUACGGUGCAGCACCAGAUAAGGUGUCCAUGUCACGCAACAGCAAGGCCUUUGGUAACAAGCUGGAGAAGGAGAAAGCAUAUGAAGGACAAAGGUUGCCCAUGUCACCAACAGAGGCACUAAAUAACUUCAGGGAGCGGCUGACGGAGUUUGAGCAGGAGGAAAUCCAUGACUUUGCAGAGGUCUGGUAUCUUGGUCUGGGCUCCCAGAAAAUCGAGGGUUCCCAAGGAGCGGCGCAGAACAACGGAUAUGAUGACGAGCAUGGAAGCUACAUCAGGGUGCUGCAUGACCACAUAGCAUACAGGUUUGAAGUUCUUGAGGUGAUCGGGAAAGGUUCCUUUGGGCAAGUCCUGAAAUGUCUGGACCACAAGAACAAUGAACUUGUUGCUAUAAAGAUGAUACGCAAUAAGAAGAGAUUUCAUCACCAAGCUCUAGUGGAGCUAAAGAUUCUAGAAGUAAUAAAGAAGAAAGAUAAAGACAACCUGCACAAUGUCAUUCACAUGAAAGAGCACUUUUACUUCCGGAAUCACCUUUGCAUCUCCUUUGAACUUCUCGGGGUGAACCUUUAUGAGCUCAUCAAAAAGAACAACUUCCAGGGUUUCAGCCUCGCUCUCAUCCGUCGGUUCGCCCAUGCUCUUCUCAGGUGCCUACAGAUGCUACACAGGGAGAAGAUCAUCCACUGUGAUCUUAAACCGGAAAACAUCCUUCUGUCUCAGCGAGGGCCGGGGAACAUCAAGGUGGUUGACUUUGGAUCAAGCUGCUAUGAACAACAAAGAGUGUACACCUACAUCCAGAGUCGCUUCUAUCGCUCCCCAGAGGUGAUCCUGGGCCACCCGUACAGCAUGGCCAUCGACAUGUGGAGUCUGGGCUGCAUCCUGGCUGAGCUCUACACAGGCUACCCCCUCUUCCCAGGAGAGAGCGAAGUGGAGCAGAUAGCCUGCAUAAUGGAGGUUCUUGGCAUGCCUCCAAAUGACUUUGUUCAGUCGGCAUCAAGGAGGAAAUUGUUCUUUGACUCCAAAGGAAACCCAAGGAACAUCACCAACAGCAAAGGGAAGAAACGGAAACCCGACUCCAUAGAGAUAUCAGCAGCACUGAAAACCAAUGAUCCUUUAUUCCUGGAUUUUAUCCAGCGCUGUCUUGCUUGGGAUCCAACUAAGAGAAUGACUCCUGAUGAAGGACUGCAGCAUCAGUGGAUCCUAGAAGGAAAUUUUAACAAAGUUCGAUCCCGAACCAAGCCUACGGCAAAGAGGACCACGGACAGUUCCACCAGUACAGACAGACAAGCAAACAACUGUCCUGCAGAGAAAGUCAGCUCAGAACAUGGCAGCAAUGACAAGAUGAAAAGGGACGGUUCAGCAGCUGGAACACAGACGGCGUCUGGCGAACGUCUGCGGCCCAUCGGGGCCUCGGCCGAGGAGGAGGUGUAUGAAAAUGGGGACAAAAACACAAAGCAGCAAGAGGGCAGUGGAGAGAGGCCAGUUCAUAUCAUCAUUAAGCCUCAAGAAGAAAUGAGUACAGAAAGAAAAGAUGGGUAGGAAUCACGUCAGUGCCGUUUGAGGAAAGGAUGAUGCGUUCGUGAGAGGUUGGAACUAUGGAUGUUUAGGUGGGAAGUUAAAGAAAGCAGCUGUUGUUCGGGUCUGGACCUCCAUAAAAAAGACCCUUAAUACAGUAAGGCUGAUCAGUAAUGUCUCUAAACAAGAUGAAGACAAGUCUGACAUUUUAAAGCAGCUGAAGUCAUUUUUUUUCUACAUUUGCAGCAUGGUUAGAAAAAAAAAA